ACAUUUUACAGAAUCUGCAGGAACAAAUCGACUGAAGAAUUCCAAUCGAUACCAUAUUUGGUCGCUCUAUUCAGCUCCAUGCUCUGGCUUUACUACGCAUUCCUCAAAGGACACUCCUUCCUUCUCAUCACCAUUAACUCCUUUGGAUGUGUCAUAGAGAUGGUGUACAUUGCCAUCUACAUUGCUUAUGCGCUAAGAGCUGCUAGGAACUCCACGAUCAAGCUCUUUGCUCUGAUGAACAUGGGAUUGUUCUCUCUCCUAAUUCUCAUCACGCAUUUCAUUCCGAACAAUGAUGCACGCGCCACGGUGUUCGGAUGGAUCUGCACGACAAUUUCCGUGAGCGUCUUCGCAGCGCCGUUAAGCAUUGUGGCACGAGUUGUGCGAACGAAGAGCGUGGAGUUCAUGCCCUUCUCUCUGUCGUUCUUUCUAACUUUGAGCGCCAUCAUGUGGUUCGGCUACGGUUUCUUCCAAAAGGACUGGUGCAUUAUGAUACCGAACAUCGUGGGCUUUGUCUUGGGACUGUCUCAGAUGGUCGUGUACGGAUACUACAGAAACAAUGAGGUCAUGGACGAGAAGCUCCCACAACAUGUCGCCACCACCGUCGUUCACCCCCCGCCAGGAGGAGUCUCCGAAGUCCGCCCUGUCACCCGUGAAAUCUCGCCCCCCAUCGACCGCGGUGAAGCCCGAGCGAAUGAGCAACAGCCACAGCCAUCACAACUGCCGGAGGGUGCCGUGGAAGUGGUAGUUUCUGGCGAUGACCUGGGGUCUGAUCAGCCAAGUUAAGUUGGCUCAGGCCCAACUUACCAUCGAGCGGGGCUUUAAUUAAGAAUGUGAAGGCUCAAAUUAGCGUCGAUCUAUCCUCCUCUCCAUGAUGAUCCUAUUUGCCCUAUCGAUAUCUCUCUCUAUCUGUCUCUUUUGUUCAGUUGAUGUACAAUUGU